AUGAGCUUCAACACGGGGACGGCGUACGCCGAGUCGGAUGCAGAUGACGAGUACGAGAGGGACAUUCACGACAGCUCGCCCAUAGACGCCACCGAUGCCGAGGCUUCGCCGACUGAGUCGGACCCGCCGUCUAACGAACACACUCCCACCACAUACGGAUACCGCAGCAGCGCUGAUCGCCUACCGGAGACAAUAAUCUCGGAGUGGACGGCGGACGAGUGCGCCGACUUUAUCGCUACAAUCGGUCUGGAGCAGUACUCGGCUCGCUUUGUUGAGAACGAAAUCGUUGGCGAGGCGCUCGUUGCGCUGUUACACGAUGAUCUAAAGUCGAUGGGGAUUCACAGUGUCGGCCACCGACUGACCAUCCUAAGGAGCGUUUACGACGUGAAGAAGGCACAGGACGUGCCAGUGGAGAGCGACCACUACGUACCAUUGACUGCGGAGAAUGACGGCCAGUAUGCGACUGCUAAGGACAUCAAGAACUUGGUGGAACAGUUGCGAUUGCGCGACGAGCGCAUGCACCUUUUUGAGCAGGAUUUCCGUCGGCUUGCGGAAGACUUUAGGAGAUUGCGCGAAGACAUGCUGCCGGCGCUUAGACUGGCCAAAGAUGCGCAGCAGCCGCUGCCGCACCUGAACAACGGCUCGGCAUACGCUGGGUACGAUACGACGAUAUCACCACCAGCACCGACACCGUCGACGAGUGGUCAAUCUGGCGGCGGUCUCAAACGCCAAUGGUCGACCAAGAAGAUCAUGUUAGGCACGACACCAAAAGCCACGUCGCCAACACACCUCCAAACGGCACACGACAGGUCGCUUGCGGAGCAGACUUUGGACCCUUCGAGUGCGGCCGAGAGGGCUGUCAUGUCGUCGAGCCACCUGGCCAUCAACGGCCUCGCACCAUCGGCAACAUCACCCUCGUAUCCAUCAAUAAAUAUUCCCUCACCGACAUCUCCGCCGACAACACUUGGUGGAACCACACUGGCGUCCAGAUCGUACCGUUCAGACCAACCGACGCCAUCGAGUCGAUCAACAUUUGCCGAAUCAGACUACGCGCACCCUGGUGGACGGGACAAGCAGCCGGUGGCGCCACGUAGGAUGCAGACGCCAGCGCCUGACACGCCAAGCGGCAGCAACGCGUCGGUUGAGAUAUUCAAGUCAUUCCGAGUCAGCAUGGACGACCCGUGCUACAAGGUGCUGCCGGCCGCGUUGAAAAAGUACCAAAUCAACGCACCGUGGGACCAGUACGCGCUUUACAUUGUUUACGGAGACCAGGAGCGCUGCUUGGGCCUAGAGGAGAAGCCUCUCAUCUUGUUCAAGCAGCUCGACAAGGAGGGGAAGAAACCCAUGUUUAUGCUGCGCAAGACCAACAAUGCGCAGGUUGACAUUGGCAACGAGGCGCCAGGCAGCGCGGGGUUGGGAGCGAGUGCAAGGGGGGCGGCCACCGGAUAUGACCCCCCAGGUGGAAUAAUAUGA